CCGGCAGCACUCAGCAUCUCUCCAGCAGCGGACUCAAGGAUUUGCGCGACCACCUCAACGCGCAAAAGAAGGCUCUGUCUUUUGUCUCUCCUCUCUUGGAUCAUACAGCGCACAGAACAACUUUCGCCCACAUUAUUACGCAUGGCUCUGGCUUUGUGCAAAAGCGCGACUGCAACAGCGUGUUGGAACAAACCGAUGGGAUUCUAAGAAGGAAAGCAAAGGCAGUAAACAAGCUAAAAGACUUAGGGAUUUAAGGGUUUUUCUCAGAGAUUCUCCUUGUGCUAAUAAUGAUCUACACAUGCAUAAUUGGAUACCCUCUUCUUGCCGUGUAAUUAUACAGCUGUAAGUGUAGGUCGGACGAGUUAUCUGGUUUCGCAUUUCACACAGAGAUGGAUCUGUGGGGACUUUAUCUGUUUCAUCUCAUAACUUUGGCUCUGUUAGAGGUCAUACUGGCCGGCAGGGACUGCUUAUUGGCUGGGGACUCAUGCUCAAGUGAUGAGACUUGUAGUCCACGUCUGCGGACGUUGCGUCAGUGUGUGGCAGGAAAUGGCAGCGUGAAGCUGGGCCCCGGUGCCAGGAGUCAGUGUGCCAACGCAGUGUCCGCCCUACUGUCCAGCCCCUUACAUGGCUGCCAGUGUAAACGGGGCAUGAGGAAGGAGAAGAAUUGCCUGAGCAUCUAUUGGAGCCUGCAUCAGUCCAUCAUACAUGGAUUCAACCUGGUGGAGAGUUAUCCAUACGAGACAGUUCAGAGGGACUAUGACUAUGUCCGCUUGGCCUCGAUUACAGCCAACACUGAUGCUGGCAUGACAACUGUCAAUCACUGCCUGGAUGCAGCCAAGGCUUGCAAUGUGGACGACUUGUGCCAGAAGCUCCGCACAGAAUAUGUCUCAGCUUGUAUCAAGACCACUGUGAAGUCAGGCCUGUGCAACCGGCCAAAAUGCAAUAAGGCUCUGCGCAGGUUCUUCGACCGUGUUCCUGCCGACUACACACACGAGCUGCUCUUCUGCCCCUGUACAGACACAGCGUGUGCAGAGCGUCGAAGACAGACCAUCGUUCCCAGCUGUUCUUAUGAAAGCGUGGAAAAACCCAACUGCAUCACACAGAUGAGGAUCUGCAAUGCUGACUAUGUGUGCAGGUCUCGUUUGGCACAGUUUCAGUAUGACUGCGAACCCUCCAAAAAGUCCGCCGGUGGCUGCAAGAAAGGGAACUAUGGAGCCUGUCUCCUUGCCUACACAGGGCUCAUAGGAAGCACAAUAACUCCCAACUAUGUGGACAACUCCACGUCCAGAGUAGCUCCAUGGUGCUCCUGCUCGGACAGCGGGAGCCGGAGAGAGGAGUGUGACAGUUUCCUGGGAUCCUUCACUGAUAACAUCUGUCUCAGAAAUGCUCUCAUGAUGUUUGGAAGCGAAUCAGACCAGCAGCUGACUCUCAGCCAGUCCAGUACACCCAGCCCCAGCCACAGCAGCAGAGAAAACAAGACCACUGCUUCUCCACCAGAAGCCUUUGAAACAACAAGGAACACUCUGGACACAAUCAUACCAACACAGGCUCUUGGAAAUGAACCGCAGGUGGGCCAGUCCACCCUGGCAUCCAACAGUCUCCCCAACUCUGCUUCACCUCCCACCUUAAUGCUUCAAGCUGCCUUCAGCCUUCUGCUGUUGCUCCUUCAUCUGCUCAACAAUGGACACUGCUGAGGACCACCAAGCAGAUGGGAGGACCAGUUCAGUUUAGAGGAAAAUGGACAAUGUAGCAUCAACUCCUCCCUCUAAACAUGUACAGCAAUUCUGUUUUUCUACUUUUGUGUCUACGUGGUGCAGUUUCACCCGCCAGUGUUCUCACUCAGAGUACGGGACACUUCUGCAGAUCGAAGUCAGUCUGCAGAUUUGUACAUUAUCGCUGCGAUCAAGUCAAGCCAAAAUUAGAGUACUGCUUUUGUAAACUAACCCAGCUCUCAACUGUCCAACUGUAUCCAUUUUCAAUUGUUAUUAUAAAAAUAUAAUGCAGCUAAAGUAUGUAUGAUACAAAGACAUGAAAUAUGUCAGUGCCAGUGAAGUUCUUAUGUGAAAUGGUUGGAGUAAACCAGUGAACCGUGUGCCUGCCUUGCACCCGGCACCCACAGUUAUUGCAGAGCUGCUGGGGUAUAUGGGACUUUAAGACCACACAGGACCAUUAUUAUUGUUAUUAUUAUAUAAUUAUUAUUUUUAUCAAUACUGGAAUAGUGGAGUGACAGAGAGAGCAGAGAUAUCCUGGGCAAACGUCCAGUAGCACUGUGGCAAACCAGAGCAUGAGAUAACCCCAACAUAAUCAUCGCCCUCUCCAUCAAGACUGUUGCUCUUUCCCAGAGUCUCUCAGUCACACCACUAUUUGUUACUGCUAAAGCUACAGCAGCUGUUCACAAAAAGCCCAAGUCUGUCGUCUUUAUCUUUAUCAGCAGAAAACAGUUCUUGGACUUGAAUGAAAAUAAACAGAAAAGCAGUAGCUCUAACCUGUAGCUGCUGUAUGUGUCUGUGAGUAUACUGCCUUUUCAUUUCUCACUGUGUAUGUGAGCAUUGCUAUAAAGAGCUCCACGUUUUUGUGCCAGUGAGGGACAUAAAUGGUUUGACUUAUUGAACAUGGCCAGUAAGAGACUAGACAGUUACGAAUGACUCGGUAUUUUAUGUUCUGGGAAUGUGUCAGUCUGAACCUGACCAGAGGUGCUGCAAAUAAAAUGUUCUCAAAUCAUUAUGUUUACACAUCAACCUUUUUUAAAUGUUUCAUUUGGUGUUGUUGAAUUGAAACAUUUUAGUUAAUUCUUCUGAGGAAACAGAAGGAACACAAACUGAAUACUGGCUUACCUAAUCUAACACUUGGGUGACUUCAAAAUGUACCCUGGAGAACAUUAUUUGAACAGCGAAUAAAACAGGAUUUGCAACAUAAUCCAGCCAUAUGAUCUGUCUCACUAAAAUCUCAGCAGCUGCUUCACUUGAGAGCUACUCUACUAUAUAAAGUCCUUUAAGACCCACAGAAACCUUUAAAGUAUUGUAUAAGUUACAUUUUUAAUAUACCCAUUACCUGACUUACUCAGCAGCAGGUCAGGCAGCUGCCAAAGAUUACACAAGGACAUGAAUCACUCGACAGACACAGCACAGUGACCGGGCAGGAUAGACGUGAUAUACUGUAAAUGAGAUUUUCAAUAGAUGUUGUCAUUACAUACCCAGCCCAGCGGAGUGAAGGAACUGGCAAGAGUUUGCUAACAAUCCAGUGUAACUUAAAAAAGAUUAAGACAUAAAAACAGCAACUAUUCUCAACAGGAAACGUGGUGAUUUUAAGUGGCUGAUUUCUGCUGAAAAUCACCCAUAACCCUCCACUGUGUUAUGUUUUGCCUUUACUUUGCUGGAAACAGACAAUUAACAGUACUCAAGUCACAACAGCUCACAUUAUUAACACCCGACUGUGACACAGGAUGAUGCAAUUAUCUGCUUGUUUGAUAAUCAUGACUGUAUCAGGUGGAAAGAGGGAAUAUUGCAAGUAAAUCAAU